UAAAGGGCGACGCGGGGCGGCGGGCGCGCGGCGCGGUGCGGGGCGGGUGCUGCCGGCGGGGUGCGGGCGAGAUGAGCGAGAGACAAGGAACUGGAGCUACAAAUGGAAAAGACAAGACAUCUGGUGAGAAUGAUGGACAGAAGAAGGUUCAAGAAGAAUUUGACAUAGACAUGGACGCACCAGAGACAGAGCGGGCGGCCGUGGCGAUACAGUCCCAGUUCAGGAAAUUCCAGAAGAAAAAAGCGGGGUCCCAGUCCUAGUAGCUACCUCACAGCUUAAAUCAAAGUAAUCCUGAAAUGAUUUAUCAAGAAAAUCAGAAAUAACACAAAGAUGCAUGUACAGAAAUGAUCAAUAUUUAAAACCCCAUUGGCAGAUAACAAACCAUGAGCUUGUGUGUGAUUUCAUCCCAGGUGUUUCACACCCAUUAUACUCUGUAACUCACCAUUUUACUUGAUGUUGUAAUAAAAAGUUAGGGUGAAGUAAUUAAA